GCCGGGGCGCCGCGGCGCGGGCCGGGAUGGAGUGAGGGGCGAGCGGCGGACAGAGCGCGGCCCUCGGCCCCCGGCCCUGCCUCGCUCCACGCGGGUCUAUGCGGCCCCCCGGAGACCAUGGGAUCCAGGAUCAAACAAAACCCAGAAACUACCUUUGAGGUGUAUGCAGAAGUGACCCACUCAGGAAUCAGCUGCCUUGGGAAAGAUCCUGAGGUGCGGAGGCAAUUCCCAGAGGGCUACAGUGACCAGGAAGUUCUACAGACUUUGACCAAGUUUUGUUUCCCCUUCUAUGUGGACAGCCAUGCAGUUAACCAAGUGGGGCAGAACUUCACAUUUGUGCUCACAGACAUUGACAGCAAGCAGAGGUUUGGAUUCUGUCGCUUGUCUUCUGGGGCCAAGAGCUGCUUCUGUAUCUUAAGUUACCUCCCGUGGUUUGAAGUCUUUUAUAAGCUGCUCAAUGUCUUGGCAGAUUAUUCAGCAAAAGGACAGGAUAGUCAAAGGAGUGAGCUGCUAGAAACAUUUCAUAAACUCACCAUCCCUGAGCCAGGAACCUCUGUUCAUCUUGGAGUGCACUCUUACUUUACUGUGCCUGACACCAGAGAGCUUCCCAGUAUACCUGAAAAUAGGAACCUGACAGAGUACUUUGUGGCAGUGGAUGUGAACAACAUGCUGCACCUCUACGCCAGCAUGCUGUACGAGCGCCGCAUCCUCAUCUGCUGCAGCAAGCUCAGCACUUUAACUGCCUGCAUCCAUGGCUCUGCAGCCAUGCUCUACCCGAUGUUCUGGCAGCACGUUUACAUUCCUGUCCUGCCCCCACAUCUGCUGGACUACUGCUGUGCCCCCAUGCCCUACCUCAUUGGGAUACACUUGAGUUUGAUGGAGAAGGUCCGAAGCAUGGCCCUGGAAGAUGUGGUGAUUCUGAACGUGGACACCAACACACUGGAAACACCUUUUGAUGACCUGCAGAGCCUCCCCAAUGACGUGGUUUCUGCACUGAAGAACAGAUUGAAGAAAGUCUCUACAACCACUGGAGAUGGUGUGGCAAGAGCGUUUCUAAAAGCACAAGCAGCUUUCUUUGGGAGCUACAGAAACGCCCUGAAAAUUGAACCUUUCAUCGAUGGGCGCCUGGACCUGCUGAACUCCGGGGAGGGCUUCAGUGACGUGUUCGAGGAGGAGAUCAAUGCAGGGGAAUACGCAGGUAGUGACAAACUGUACCACCAGUGGCUCUCCACAGUGAGGAAAGGAAGUGGAGCCAUUUUAAACACAGUAAAGACCAAGGCUAACCCUGCCAUGAAGACUGUCUAUAAGUUUGCAAAAGAUCAUGCGAAAAUGGGAAUAAAAGAAGUGAAAAACCGCUUGAAGCAAAAGGACAUUGCUGAGAACGGGUGCUCGGCCGCGCCAGAGGAGCCCCUGCCCAGGACAGCACCCUCACCACUGGGGGACAAGAAGGACCCGAAAUUACGAGAGGACAGAAGACCAAUCACAGUACAUUUUGGGCAGGUUCGCCCACCAAGGCCUCAUGUUGUCAAGAGACCCAAGAGCAACAUUGGAAUAGAGGGACACAGGACUUCGGUUCCCAGCCCUGAACACCUGGUAAAGCCCAUGCGACACUAUACUGUCUUCCUCUCGGAGGACUCCUCUGAUGAUGAGUUUCAGCAGGAAGAGGAUCCUGUCUCUGGCUUCUCUGAAAACUUUUUCUUCUCUGCUCCUUUCGAAUGGCCCCAGCCGUACCGCGCCCUCAAGGAGUCGGACAGCGCGGAUGGGGAGGAGCCGGAGCCGGGCAGCCCCCAGAGAGCCCGGGAGCCGCUGCCCCCCAGCGCCCUGCUCGCCAGCACGGCCACCGACAUCAACCUCCUGCAGGACAUCUUCCCAAACCUGGAGGUGGAGUCCCAGCCUCAGCCUCUGAGCCAAGCCAAGAGCCUGGAGGACCUCCGGGUGCCCACGGAGGAGGCGGAGCAGCGCUGCACCUUCGACUACCAGAGAAUGGACCUGGGUGUGUCCGAGAGGAGCAGGAUUGUGCCAACCAUGAAGCUGUCCCACCCCUACAACAAGCUGUGGAGUAUGGGCCAUGAUGAUAUGGCCAUUCCCACCAAGUACUCCCAGAGCUCACCAGAAAGGUCCCUGACUGCCCUGGGAAACGUGCCCCCGGUCACCAGGAGACCCCGGAGCAGGGACAGUGGUCUGGCUCCUGCAGAGAAGGAUGAAUCCAAUCCUGCCAUCCAAGGGAACAUCACCAUUCCGAGGCCACAGGGGAGAAAGACUCCGGAACUGGGGAUAGUGCCACCACCCCCAGCACCCCGGGCGGCCAAGCAGCAGACUGCAGCAGGGUCAGUGGAGACCCUCCCCACUCCUGAGCUCAUCCCAGAGCCCUUUGGAGUGGGACACGUGUCCUUAGAGCCCGAAAUCCAGCAGUCAGGGAAUUACUGCCCUCACCCAUCUCAGCUGCUGCCCAGCGCUGCCGGCACUGCCGAGAUGCUCCAGCCUGUCAAGGUGCAGGCAGAAGGUGCAGGUAAUGACAGUGACUUCCUGCUGGACCUGCUGGACCCCCUGAGAACAGCAGGCUGGGAGGGCCGGGCCCCCCGAGGGCCCCCCAACCUGCACAGCCCGGCCCCCACGGCUGCCUUUGGCCUGGGGAGAAGUGACUUUGUGCCUCCUCCAGCUGCACCAUUUGUCCAGCCCCUGGGCUACCCUUCCCCAGCCCCACCACCUUUUCUACAGGCAUCCCCUAAUCCCUUCACCCAGACACUGCCAGGAGCCCUCCCAGUGUCCCUGGUCAGACCCCCGAGGGGCUCCUUCACCCCCUCCUUAGGUCACGCCUACAGCUCCAGCUUCAUAACACCCGGUGGCUUCUACCCACCACAGAGACCUCAACCCAACCUGUCAACUCUGUCCAUGCCAAACCUGUUCAGCCAGGCUCCAGCUGUGCCAGCAGCUGGUUCCCUGCUCCUGCAGAGCCCUUCUGCAGCUGCCUCCCUGCAGGCAGCGUGUCCCACCGGGGCCCCCAAGCCCCCAACGUUACAGCUGGGCCAGGCCAGCACCAAGGUAGAUCCCAAACAGGCUCUGGCUCUCCUGGCCAAUGAACCCCCUCUGCUCCCUGCCAGGCCAGCCAAGGGCUUGGAGGCAGUGUUACUGUCCUCAAAGUCUGAGGAGACAAAAGAUCCAUUUGAAGAUCUGUUAAAAAAGACCAAGCAGGACGUGUCACCCACGCCAGGUAAGGUGGAACAGCUCAGAAAGCGAUGGGAAACCUUUGAGUGACACUCGAUGGCCUUGGUGUCCCUUUGGGAGUGGCAGAGGGGGUUUUGGUUUUUUUGAGCCAGCAUAAAACCAAGCAUUUCUUUUACAGAAGGCUGAGCCAGGACAGCUGCAGGACCAUCCCUGAGCUGCAACUCACACACGAGGGGGUUUUGCCCAGAGUCCCCCACUGUCCCCGUCCCUGCCCCGGCUCCCUCCCUCCCCACCACAAACCCCGGGAUUCCUGCACUGACCAAAGCGUGAGGGGAGGGGGGCUGGGUUGGGCUUUCCACACACAGCUUUUCAGGCAGUUCUGAUGCAGGAGUUACUCCUUCCCUGUAUUUUGAGUCCUCAGCACACGGCACACACUGUGCUGGGGCUCAUUCCUGCCUCUGGGAAUGGCCCUCAGUGUUUCUGGCACUACACAUAGAAAGAAAAUAUUAUUUUAUUUCCACAGGCAAAGUGCAGCAAACAAACCUGGCUUGUGGGCUGCACUAAAUUAAUCCAUCAGGCUCUGCUUUGUCCUAUCUUGGAACCCAGAAACUCUUUAGGUGGUGCUGUGGGAUGGGGCUUUGACUCUGGGCCUUGCUGGGGCACAGUUGUCCCAAGGCCCUGGUGCCUCAAAACCACAGCACAGAGCAGCUGCUCAGGGUUUGGUCCUGCGUCUCUGUUGGGAAACUGGAAACACCAGCAAUUGUUUUUUGUUUUUUGGGGGGGGUUGAGUUUGUUUUUGUUUAAUACAUCAGAAAAUAGAGGCCAUAAAGAGUAUCCUAGUUCUUAUAUAUGUGUAUCUUAAUAUUAUCUGUCAAUAAUAUAAAUGGCAGUAUAGGAAUGGAAUGUAACAAUAUCUUACUUGAUUAUUACAAACAAAGACAGGGCAGAGCAGGGGGUUCCAGAGUUCCCAGCUCCCCAGGUGCAGUGGGAGGCAGUGCUGGGAGUGUCUGGAGGGGGAUCCAGGGGGGCAG